AUGGACUCUGACGAUGAUUUCAUGAGUGACGUCUCGAGCCAAGAUGAUUUCUUGGGUACCCAGGGCUCUGAGGAUGAGAGCUUGGGAGAAGACUUCGAUGACCUCGACGCCGGAUUUUCGGACGAUAAAGACCUCAUCAAGCAUAAAAAGAAGCCAUACGAAGUCGAGUUCAAGGUUCUCGAUCCUCCAGAUAUCGAGCGUGAACAGCUUGGCCAGGUCAACGAGGUUUGCGCCGUCCUCGGGCUCCCGCCUGAGUCGGUGGCGAUCUUGUUGCGGUUCGGACGGUGGAACAAAGAAAAACUGAUCGAGUCUUAUAUGGAGCAUCCGGAGGAGACGUUGGAGGAGGCUGGUCUUGGGUCGAACUUCGAGGGGACCGCAAAGACUGAGCGCGUCCCCGGCUUCAUGUGUGACAUCUGCUGCGAGGAUGGUGAUGACCUGGAGACGUAUGCCAUGCGGUGUGGUCACCGAUAUUGUGUCGACUGCUAUCGACACUACCUGGGGCAGAAAAUUAAAGAGGAAGGAGAGGCUGCCCGGAUCCAGUGUCCAGGCGAUGGCUGUAAUCGCAUCGUGGACUACAAGUCGCUGGAUUUGCUCGUGACAAAGGAGCUUCAAGGAAGGUAUCGCGAACUUUUAACCCGGACCUACGUCGACGAUAAAGAAAACCUAAGAUGGUGCCCAGCACCAAACUGCCAAUACGCCAUUGACUGUGGGGUAAAGAACCGUGAUCUCCGUCGCAUUGUCCCAACCGUGCGAUGUUUCUGUAAACACGAGUUCUGCUUCGGCUGUUCCCUCAACGACCACCAGCCCGCUCCGUGCAAGCUGGUCAAGAUGUGGCUACAGAAAUGUGAAGAUGACUCCGAGACGGCCAACUGGAUCUCGGCAAACACCAAAGAGUGUACUAAGUGUAACUCGACGAUCGAGAAGAACGGCGGCUGUAACCACAUGACUUGCCGCAAAUGCAAGUACGAGUUCUGCUGGAUGUGUAUGGGCCUCUGGUCCGAGCAUGGCACGAGCUGGUACAACUGCAACCGGUACGAAGAAAAGUCAGGCGCAGACGCCCGCAGUGCUCAAGCCAAAUCACGUUCCUCCCUGGAGCGCUACCUGCAUUACUAUAAUCGGUAUGCGAACCACGAGCAGUCUGCCAAGCUCGACAAGGAUUUGUACCUGAAGACCGAGAAGAAGAUGACUAGCCUCCAGUCGCAGUCUGGUCUGUCCUGGAUUGAGGUGCAGUUCCUGGAUACCGCGUCGCAGGCCCUGCAGCAAUGCCGUCAGACCUUGAAGUGGACUUACGCGUUUGCAUUUUACCUUGCUCGCAACAACCUCACUGAGAUAUUUGAGGAUAACCAGAAGGAUCUGGAGAUGGCCGUUGAGAGUCUCAGUGAGAUGUUCGAGAAGCCAGUUGCCGAGUUGGCAGAACUCAAAGUCGAUAUCCUGGACAAGACUGCUUAUUGCAACAAGCGCCGGGUGAUUCUAUUGAGUGACACUGCCGAGAACUUGAAGAAUGGAGAGUGGUCGUUUAACGUUGAGUGGUAA